AUGGAUUUUAAAUCAGUUCAGGAUCAACUGCAGGGUGCUUUCAAUGCAAUCGAUGGGAAUACCAGAAACAUUAAGGUCUUGGAUGUAUUCGAGCAGAAAACGCAUCUCCCAAGGUCAUACGCAGUGGUUGCUUUCGGUAUCGUUUACCUUGUCAUGAUUUUCAUGAACUUUGGAGGUAUCGGAGAGCUUCUAUCGAACAUUGCAGGAUUCAUGUAUCCAUUUUACAGCUCCUUGAAAGCUUUGGAGACCAGCUCUAAAGAUGACGAUACCAGAUUAUUGACAUACUGGGUCGUUUUUGCUUUCCUCAACCUGAUUGAGUUCUGGUCCGGUGCCAUUCUUUAUUGGAUCCCAGCAUACUUUUUGUUCAAGACUCUAUUCUUGGUGUACUUGUCUUCUCCAGUCACAAACGGUGCUCAGGUCGUCUACGGCUUAAUUAUCAAGCCUUUGGGAGAUAAAGUUUUGCAUACCAACUCUCCAGAAGGCCCAGCAGACAAUUUGAUGGAUAAAGUUCAAAACAAGAUCGACUAA